AUGAAUGCGACAAGGUGGAGCGGUUGGGUCGUCUGCACGGCGCUAUUAGUGGCUGCUACCUGCACGCAAGCUUCUGCUGAGAACGAAGCAUGCGGUGCAGAAUCGAUCCACCUUGGACCAACGGAAUCCUACGACCUCAAAUCACCCAGUUAUCCCUCUGACGUCACCACAUCCCUGCGCUGCAAUUGGACAAUAACGUCGGCUCGAGGCGCGAAGAUCAAGCUCGUCAUUCACGAUUUGCGUAUCAAUCACUACACAGACAGUAUCACCAUCGUGAACAUCCGAACGCCCCCGAACGCAAGUUCGGAUUACCCUCUGAGACAUUACCGCGAGGGCAAAGUUCAGAUGGUGAUGUCAGCCGGUCACGUGAUGGGAGUUCAGUUAUUGGCUAAGUCGCAUUGUUUGGAUGACUUCGAUUCAGCGUGUGAAGGCAGUCGGUUUUGGAUUGAGUUUUCUCAAGUAACGAGAGAUGCAUCGCUCAGAUCUGAGUGUAACAACCUUUCAGGGAUGUUUUUGUGUGACGACCACAGCAUUUGCUUGAGUCAAAAUGGACGCUGUGACGCUAUAAUCGAUUGCCCCGACCAAUCAGAUGAACGCAAUUGCCCCCGCUCAUGUCCGUCCAACGAGUACUGUGCAAAUACCAGCGCGUGUCUGAGACGACGAUAUCACUGCGAUGGUAUUCCUGAUUGCGCCAGGGGUGAAGACGAGAAAUCGUGUGAUGUGCGUCACUGCCCAAAGGACUGCUCGUGUCAAAUUCGCGAUGCAAGUCUUAGUACCAAUGGCCUCCUAAUUGUGAACUGCAGUAACAACCCAAAUGUCACCAAUGUUUGGAACAAUCUUCCCAGGAUCACCAAGAAACUCGUUAUGAAGAAGAACAACAUCACGGAUUUAAAGCCAGGGCAAUUGCUGGAUUUACCGCAGCUCGAGCAACUGAAUCUAGAAGAUAACCAGUUGACUACGCUAAAACGUGGAAUUUUCACUGGUCUCCGUCAAUUAGGGUUACUGAAACUCAACAUAAAUAAUUUGAACGCGAUAGACGAAGGAGUGUUCCAAACGCUUGAGUCCCUUAAAGUUCUACGUCUUGAUGAUAACAGCAUCACGUCUCUCACAGCGGAAAUGUUCGAGGGUCUUACCAGUUUAACAAAUGUACGUCUUGGAAACAACCGCAUAGGGAGACUCGGAGCCAAUACUUUCCAGCAUCUAGGGAACCUCAUUGGUUUAGACCUAGCUGAAAAUCGAAUUGCAACGAUUGAGCCGGAUGCAUUCAGCGGUCUAGUUCAUCUUAGAUCUUUAGAGCUACGAGAUAAUCUACUGACGGUUCUAGAGACCGACAUGUUCUCUCACUUGAAGUCCAUGACAGUAUUAACUAUUGAGGAUAAUCCCUGGACAGUUAUUGAACGAGGCGCGUUUAACGGCCUGGAGAACAUCCAAAUUUUGGCUUUGAUACGCCUUCCUAAGGACGUGAAAGACUUCACAGUGGAUAAACAUGAACUUGAACACAUGGAAAAUCUGGUACAUCUAGUUGUGGACGAUCAGAAAAUGUGCUGCCUGCUUUCCUACCGGCCCAACGGCAUAAGAGACAGCUGCAUACUAGGUGGUCUACAAAGAGACUUUACAGUAUCACUAUCCUACUUCACUUGCGAUCGACUUAUGCACAACUCAGUCCUACGGGUGUUCAUAUGGUGCUUGGGAAUUAGCGCCCUCAUCGGCAACACGUUUAUCAUCGUAUGGAGGCUGAAGAUGACUGACUCUGGGAAGCGUUCGCAAUCGGUCCUGAUUCUCAAUCUGGCCGUGUCGGAUCUCAUCAUGGGCGUGUAUAUGCUGAUCAUCGCUGGGGCGGACGCGCACUUUCAGGACUCCUUUUUCCUUCACGUGGAGGAAUGGAGAUCAGGGCACCUGUGCAACUUCGCUGGUUUCCUGUCCAUGCUGAGCUCCGAAGCCUCUGUCUUUUUCAUCACCAUGAUCAGCAUUGAUCGCUUUCUAUGCGUCGUGUUCCCAUUCGGGAAGAAGUGGUUGCGGUUAGACUCGGCUCGAGUCGCCAGCAUGGCAAUGUGGGGCAUCGCUUUACUGAUAAGCAUCCCACCACUGCUCCUGCAAGACAAAAUUGAAGGGUUUUACGGUCUGAGCGACGUCUGUGUCGGACUACCUCUGAUAAAAUCUAACCGUACUUCCAAAAAGGACGACAUUCACCUUUUCGGCAUACCCGGAGAAUCAUUCAACACGACGGUGACCGAGUCUGCGACUCCUUCGCGUGUGUUUUCCGUGACAGUAUACCUCGGCAUCAAUUUGGUAUGCUGCCUCAUCGUACUGCUGUGCUACAUGGCGAUCGCCUUUGUUGUCACCGUCAAACUGCCCUCUAAGAAGCUGCAGAAGCGCAAGGAUAAGGAGCACCGUAAGAAGGAGAUGGCAAUGGCCCGUCGGAUGCUGCUCAUCGUCGGCACAGACUUCUUCUGCUGGAUGCCAGUCAUCUUAAUGGGAAUCCUAUCCAUGAGUGGGGCUGUAGACAUCCCCGACGAGACCUACGCCUGGGUCGUGGUCUUUGUUAUACCCAUCAAUUCCUCCAUCAAUCCCUACUUGUACACAUUCUCAAACAGCAACGCGGUCUCUCUCAAGUGCUGUAAAUUCCGAGGACCGGGAUCCUCUGUUAAUUCGGUCAAGAUGAAGCCCCUGCACAGUACCGACGCCAAAGAUGUAAGUCAGAGGUGUCGAUCGGGAACACAUACCUUCCUAUAGCGGUCAAGUGAGACUUCAGGUAGUGUCGAAGCUGUAAUCCAGCCAGGUAGCUGGUAAGGUUCACUUCAUUAAGCUAUCCAGGAUAAGCUGAGGAAAGUUAAUCGCGAGCGUCUGCAUCGCGUUAGAUUUGGAACAACCUCAUCGGAUCUACUUGCAUGGGUCUGUAAACAACGCUGCUAACUUUACUGUGUACAACUCCGAUCGUUCAGAAUCCUUACCCGAUACAGUUGACCUUUUUGCGGAUAAACUUCCCCGCAACAUCUCCCGAUGUUUAAUAUGGCACGACCUCUUGCCGAUACACGAGAUGAUUCAAACACAGAACGAAGAGUCGAGAGCGGAUGUUGUUUAAGCAGGGGCAGAUCUGUGGGGAGGAUUGAUUGAAAUAACGGGGGAGUAAGUGGCAGAUGUGCCUAAGGCACGCCCUGCUAGGGGGUGCGGAGCA